AUGUUUCUUGGGACAGGCCUCUUCUCGGCUGGAGACAAGCAGGAGAUACAUCUAGCUAGGGUGGAAGCCGCACGCACUGCCAGGCUAAUUGUCGACCUCUGCCCUCAUGCGACUGGGCUAUGGUUUCACCAUCUGCGAGACUGGUGUACGAUUAAAGGGCUGCUAUAUGGUAUCCCUGGUGUUGGGAGUGAGAUCAUGCUACUUCUUCGCACCGAGCUUCAUUCACAGCUCACACAGCUUCAGAUAGCACGCCCUUUCCCUAAAGCCCUCGGCAAGCCGUUUGCUUCCAAUCUCGAAAUUUUGGACAUUGAUCUCGAUUUGCUCUCAGAGCUCACAUCAUUGCCGAAAAUCCCCAUCAAGCACCUGCGCAAACUUGCACUAUAUGCUAUCAGGCGCCAAAUCGACUGGGACGUGUUCGAGGUAGAACCAGAUGGAGAGAUGACGUUCGGGCAUCUCGAGGAGAUUGUUCUGCAAUUUGCUAAUGGGCAUGCCAACAGUGGGUAUUUUGUGACCGACAAGUGCAAUGUGGCAUUUCCUGUGACGACAUGUGUCAAAACAAUUGGUCUGUUAGAUACCAGCGUGGCGAUUCAGAACUACCUGAAGAAAGGACAGUGUAGACCGCUAAUGCUCGUGGAAGAUCCCUUCACUUUCGCGACUCGGAGUCUCAAUGUUCUUUAUUGCGCAACAUAUGUCCACAUCAUGUACCUUUAUAGACACAACGACGAGCAGACAGCGUAUACAUCACACUGCAUGCACAAGCUGUACAGACACAGGAACAAGUGGGUUCGCGGUCUUCGGCUCACUGGUAUCAACUACCCGAUGCCAGUGAAAAUCAACUGGAAGGGCUUGCGCUGGAUGCACAUCGAAGCUAGCAUUGCCGACAUCAACAGCAUCAUAAAUGUGGUCUCACAGCUGAAGGAUCUGGAAGCGCUCAUCAUCGACUGCUUCUCGAUGAAGCGCAGCCAUCUAACGGUGCCCGAGAGAGGUGAGCAUUUUGCCGACCAGACCAGCAUGUUCUACAGUAUUGAUGAAGCAGUCAGCAAUAUCUCCGACGAAGUUGGAUCAAAGCUCACUCGCUUGGAUAUCCGGUCGCGCAAGGCUCUAUGUGUCGACUCGGUUUUGCGUCUCACUGCAAUCAUGCCGAACCUGCAGGAGCUUGGUGUAAACGAGGAGUCGAUUGAGGCUGUGUCCAUGAGGAGUAGCAACCCCAGGAUUCGGAUUCGCGAGUUCACUGUACACAUCGACGAGGUGGACAAGGCGAGGGACAAGUAUUAUUGCGAAUAG